AUGAGAUCGUUCACUGUGGGGGACGCCAACUUGCCCUCUGAAAUUAUCGGUCUGCCAAACUCAGAUUGCGUGCGUUCAUCUCUUGAAACGCAACUUUGCCUUGUAUUCACCGGUCAAGGUGCCCAAUAUGCGAAGGUGGGACUAGAACUGAUGCAGUAUCCCGUUUUCAUGUCUGCCCUGAGCGAAGCUAACAAGGUGUUUCAAGCCAUGGGGGCUGGUUGGUCUUUAUUCGACAAGAUCGAAAGUGGAGAAGGCAUAACCCUACCGCAAUUCGGUCAACCUCUUUGCACUGCUCUUCAAAUAGCCCUUUUUGAGUUAUUAAAGAGGUUCAAUGUUACCACAGUGGCCGUCGUUGGUCACUCUUCUGGAGAGAUUGCGGCUGCUUAUUCCAUUGGAGCCCUAUCACUCGAGUCUGCUUGCAAGGUUGUAUAUCACAGGGGCAGAUUGAGUGGACAGUUGGCUACACAAUUGGUUGCAUACAUGACUAUCAUGGUUGAACCACAUUAA